AUGCUUCUGGUUAAGAAUGCUAUUCAGGAAACCCAUUAUGAAGUUCUCAAUGUCAAAGAAGAUGCAAAUUACGAAGAAAUUCGUGCUAGUUACCGCAGUGCUGUACUCAGCUUACAUCCUGAUAAGCUGUUGAAGACGUCAGAGACAUGCAGUAGUAAUCAAAUAGAUGCAGAGAGAUUUCUCAAGGUACAGAAGGCAUGGGAAAUUCUAGGUGAUUCAGGGUCUCGCUCGUUUUAUGAUACUGAGCUGCGAAGCACAAGGCAGGAUUUCUUGGCUGCCGAAGUUGCUGAAGAUUUGAGCAUAGACGAUAUGAUGCUUGAAGAUGGUGGAGAAGCAUUGGAACUGUUCCAUCAAUGUCGAUGUGGUGAUUACUUCUCUGUAGACUCAUUGGAAUUGAAGAAAAUGGGAUAUACCUUAUUGAGGGAGGGAAGUGAGAUAUCUAUGCUCAAUGAUGAUACUUUACCAGGAUCAGUGAUUCUUCCAUGUGGAUCUUGCUCGUUAAAAGCUCGUCUGCUAAUCAAUAUUUUAUGA